AGCGGGUUAUCUGACAUUUAAAGGGCAUUCCAAGGUAGCAUGGCCGAAGCGAAACUAAGGGUUGGUUGUCGUGUUGAAGUAACAGGGAAAGAUGUUUUUGGGACAGUUGCUUUUGUCGGAGCAACACAAUUCUCACCAGGUAAAAAAAGUUCUGUUCUCAUCACGGACUUAGGAAAAUGGGUGGGUGUAAUACUAGACGAGCCCAAAGGGAAGAACAACGGCACGGUUCAGGGGAAACGCUACUUUACAUGCGAGGAAAAUUUUGGGAUAUUUGUGCGCCCAUCUCAGGUAUGUUUUAUUUUAAACGGUUUUGUGCGUUGUUUGUAUCCUUUUAUGUAUCAGUGCAACUUCAUUCCGGCAGGUCACAGAGUGCAAAUUACACCCUUGGUGGCCAGAACUUGAGUUGUGUGCCAUCAGAACGCGAUCUAGGCCUUAUUUUAACAGAAAAGCUAGACACCAGUGUGAAUUACACGAGGGACGUCGCCAAAGCUUACGCCACUUUACACUUUAUGCAUAGGCAGCUGGGAGCUCUUACUCCUGAACUAUUCCUAACGUUGUAUACGACAUACGUGCGGCCACUCCUUGAGGUGCAUAAUAUCAUUGCUCCUCCGCUACUCAAAAGGGAUGCUAACAUGCUAGAAAGUGUCCAGAGACGAGCGACAAAAUGGGUGAUCGGCCUCCGCAACAAAUCAUAUGAGGAGAGACUGAAGAAAUUAAGUCUUUUCACACUUAGUUACCGUAGUCACAGGGGAGACCUCAUCACCGUCUAUAAGAUCUUAAAUGACCAGGCCCAUCCUAAUAAGAGCAUCCUGCCAUUAAGUGAUUAUAG